AUGAAAAAACACCGAGGUCUUUGUGGCUCUGCUGAGUGGCCGAAGCUGCCGUUGCACCUGGGCGUUGUGGGCGAUUCGUCACAGGAGCGAACUGUGUUGGAGUUGAAAGAAGAAGCCGAGAAAAAGCUCGGCAUCAAGGUUAAACAUAUCAUUGGACAAGACCACGAGCCAUUGGAUGAAAGCAUGGAGCUUGCUGCAGCGCACAUUGUGCCGGGCAAUACAUUGACCGACGUGAUUUCAGAAGAUGUACUUGAAGAGGGACAUCCUGAAGCACAGGCGCUUUCCCAACCUGCAGACCCCUCCAUGCCCGAGGAUGGCGUCGAAAUCAAGGAUUUCCCGCACGGCAUUCGCCUGAUGGCGCAGCAGGCCAUUUUCGAGGGCUUCGAUCCACAAAUCGAGGUUCUCGAGAACUGGAGCGACUUGAAGGAAGUCUCAGCUCUGGAAGAGGCGCUGCCUCCCGGCCACGUGCCCCUGGCUCGACUCCUCCGGCUCACUCCGGAAGAUCGAACCUUCCCUGCGCCAGUGAAGGUCCAGGUGCCAACCUGUGCUGGCGCAGACACUGGCUGGAGAUCCACGUCAGCUGGCUGGGAGAAGCUCGACACAGUCACUUUCGCUGACGGUCGAGCAAUGGUGGCGCUGGACCACUUUUGUGACCUAGUUAUCACCGGCGAGCGGGUUCCUCUGAAAUGCCUCGGGUUCCUCCAUCCACAGGGUGAGCACGCAGAAAUUGUGGUCAUGCACGUUGGUUGCAAGUCCUGCCAAACGGGUUUGGAGUUGCUUUGCUCCGAUGAAGAUGUCUUGCAACCCCUGCGCGCGUGCUGGCCCAGUCUACUCUAUGCCGAGUCGGGGCUACAGUUUGAUGUGGAGAUCAACGGAGAGAACCACUCCUUCGAAGUCUUUGUGGCUCUGCUGAGUGGCAGAAGCUGCCGUUGCAACUUGUCACCGAAGCGAACUGUGUUGGAGUUGAAAGAAGAAGCCGAGAAAAAGCUCGGCGUCAAGAUUAAACACAUCAUUGGACAAAACCACGAGCCAUUGGAUGAAAGCAUGGAGCUUGCUGCAGCGCACAUUUCGGGCAAUACAUUGACCGCCGUGAUUUCAGAAGAUGCUAUUGAAGAGGCACAUCCUGAAGCACAGGCGCAUUCUGCUGCAGACCCCAUGCCUGAGGACAGCUUCGAAAUCAAGGACUUCGGGCACGGCAUUCGCCUGAUGGCGGAGCAGUCCAUUUUCGAGGGCGAUCCACAAAUCGAGGUUCUCGAGAACUGGAGCGACUUGAAGAACGCCUCAGUCCUGGAGCAGGCGCUGCCUGCCGGCCACGUGCCCCUGGCUCGACUCCUCCGGCUCACUCCGGAAGAUCGAACCUUCCCUGCACCCGUGAAGGUCCAGGUGCCAACCUGUGCUGGCGCAAGCACUUUGUGGAGAUCCACGUCAGCUGGCUGGGAGAAUCUCGACACAGUCACUUUCGCUGACGGUCGAGCAACGGUGGCGCUGGACCACUUUUGUGACCUAGUUAUCACCGGCGAGCGGGUUCCUCUGAAAUGCCUCGGGUUCCUCCAUCCACAGGGUGAGCACGCAGAAAUUGUGGUCAUGCACGUGGGCUGCAAUUUCUGCCAAAGGGGGUUGGAGCUGCUUUGCUCCGACGACGAUGCCUUGAAACGCCUCUGCAGAUGCGGCCCCAGCCUUCAAAUCGGAACGUACCGACACGACGAAGAUUUAGACAUAUAUCAGGCUGGGCAAAAAUCAACAAUGAAGAUCCUCUUUGACCGGCUGCCUUUGCCGUGCAGAGUGUAUGCCCAGUCCGGGCUACAGUUUGAUGUGGAGAUUCGAGGACAGAAUCACCACUUUGAAUUUGAAGUGCCAAUUCGAUCAGCAACUCCUGCACCACAGCUUGCUCCAUCUCCGCAUCCUUCAUCCUCAGCUGGAUCUGCAUCACAGGCGCCCGCAGUUGCAGGUGCUGUCGGAUCUUCCGGGGUGCCGAACCCAACGGCAUCAGCUGCCUCGACUGACAUGCGAUCGGCGGCGUCACAGCAAGGACACUUGUUGUUGAGCGGGCGCUUCAACAGUAAUGAGAUUAUUGAGUACAUGAAGGCAGUGAAAGAGCAGCUGGAAGCUCGAAAUGUACCUGUUUUCAUGGUUGAAGCAACCGUCGGCCAAAGUUUUGCUGACCUGACGCGGAUAGGAUUGUGCCGUGCCAAAGGCAUGGUAACAUUUUGCACGGCGGAAUAUGGGGCAUACACUGGUGUAGGAUAUGAAACUUUCCAUGAGCUUGAAUUUGCUCAUGACCACCGGUUGCCCUUGUUUCCGAUUAGGCUCUGCGAACAGUGGCCACCCGCGCCGCAGAACAACGAACGAGGCAUCUAUCAGAAUCAAUUCGUGUUCAAAAAUGGCCUGGUGUACGUAGAUGAUCGGCAGAUGACUCAGGCCCAACGCGUUGCUGACCAGAUUGCUGAAUCUGUCGCACGAAUGGGCAUCUUCCGGAACCUUCGAUUUGAGCUGCAGCUUUAA